AGCCCCCGCUGGGCCUCUGCCUCCGGUGCCCAGCAGGAAGGCCACGCUAUCUUUGUGUGUGUGUGCGUGUGUGCGUGUGUGUGUGUGUGUGUGUGUGUGUGUGUGAGGGAGAGAGUGUGUGAGUGCCAGAGAAAUGAUUAACCCCAGUGUGUGACGUGCGAGCAGGGCCGAUUCAAAGUUUGCUUUCUCCCCGCGGGCAGAGGCUGCCCGGGAGAGGCCGGACCUCGCGCUCCGCUGGCUCGUCCGCUCGCUCCGUGGCCUUUCCCUCGGCCCGGCCUCUCUCUCUGGCUCUGGCUCUCCCACACUCGCUGACUGUCUCUGCAUCUCUUUAACCCUUCGCCUCGGAGCCCGAGCCGCAGAGGCAGCGGCGUCUGCCCGCCAGCCCAGGGCGGCACAUGGGGGUGGAGGCCCCCCCGGCAGCCCUGACCAUGAGGACUCUCCGCAGGUUGAAGUUCAUGAGUUCACCCAGCCUCAGUGAUCUGGGCAAGAGAGAGCAGGCAGCCUUGGAUGAGCGAGGGGCCCAGCAGCGCCAGGCCUGCUCCAACGCCACCUGGAACAGCAUCCACAAUGGAGUGAUUGCCGUGUUCCAGAGAAAGGGCCUUCCAGAUCACCAGUUGUUCCACUUGAACGAGGGCGUCAGGCAGCUGCUGAAAACCGAGCUGGGCUCUUUCUUCACGGAGUAUCUCCAGAAUCAGCUGCUAACCAAAGGCAUGGUGAUUCUCCGGGACAAGAUUCGGUUCUAUGAAGGACAGAAGCUACUAGAUUCUCUGGCUGAAACCUGGGAUUUCUUUUUCGGGGAUGUCCUGCCCACCCUCCAAGCCAUUUUCUACCCCGUUCAGGGGAAGGAGCCCUCUGUCCGGCAGCUGGCCCUCCUGCACUUUCGCAACAUCAUCACGCUCAACAUUAAGUUAGAAGAUGCCCUGGCAAGGUCUCGCGCCAGGAUCCCGCCCUCCAUUGUCCAAAUGCUACUGGUCCUCCAGGGGGUCCAUGAAUCCAAAGGCAUCACAGAAGACUAUUUGAAGCUCGAGGCUCUAAUCCAGAAGGUGGUCUCCCCAUACCUGGGUACCUACGGCCUCUAUUCCAAUGACGCACCCUUCACACACUCCUCCUGCAUCUUGGAAAAGUGCUUUUCCCGCCGUUCCAAGGCAGGCGACAUCAUGGCCAAGAAUCCAGUCGUUCGCUCCAAGAGUUACAACAACCCACUGCUCACUCCCGUGGCGGAGUACGAGACAGAAGGGCUGGCGGCCAAUGGCACGGGCAUCCGCAGACAUUCUGUCUCCGAGAUGACGUCCUGCCCCGAGGCCCCAGCCUAUGUUGACCUCACCGCUGUCCUUGACGGUGGCUCCAAGGUCUCCAUGAUGGCUCCCAAAUCAUCCCUGGCUGCCGAAGCUGAGCGUUCCAGUGCCAAGGUCCAUCCUGCGGGGCAGCCGCCACUGCCAGGCCUGUACCACCAGUGCAGUGAGCCCAGCCCGACCUUCAAGCUGUCCAGAGACCCAGCCUCAGUCUCGGCCCCUUCCUCCAGCCCAGAGAACUUAGUAGACCAAAUUUUGGAAUCCAUCGAUUCUGACUCUGAAGGGAUUUUCAUAAAUUUUGACCGAGGACGCUCUAAGGCAACAGGAUAUGGUGGGGAUGGGAAUAGACAGAGCGUUGUGUGACCAUCCCCCACCAGGAGGACAACCUGGCUCGUGUCUUGGGCCAUGAAUGUAUGUGUCAAAGGCGGCCUGGUAUGAUGGAGGACGCCCUGGACUGGGGAGCAGGAGGCGAGGGUUGGAGUCCCUGCUCUAGUCAUCGCUGGCCCUGCAACCCUGGGCAAAUCACCCUCUCUGAGCCUCAGUCUCCUCAUCUGUUAAAUAGGGCAAAUAAUCCCUGCCCUGCUGACCUCCCACGGUGGCCAUGAGGAUCCCAUGAGAUAAUAACACAUGUGGAGGCACUUUGUAACUGAUGGGGUAUGUGUGUGUGUGUGUGUGUGUGUGUGUGUGUGUGUGUGUGUGUAUGUAUAUAUGUGCGUGCACGUGCGUGUGAUGUGUAUGAGAGAGAGAAUGAGAACCAUUUCUUGGGUGUAUUUCCUCACUCCCUGGUUUCUUCCCCCCCCUCCCAUCAGGUUUCUUGCCACCCGGGCAGGGCUUCUCCAGGGGAGGGGCUUUCCCGAGGGAUCUGUCUCAGUGCCCCUUCCCAUCUCUCCGUGGGACCCGUCAGCCUUCUGUGUCCUUAGGAGCCACUGUUUUUACAUUCUCAAUCAAUUGAUCACCAAACAUUUAUCAAGUGUUUGCCCUGACCCUGGCACUGUGCCAGAUUUGUAGAGACAAAUGAACAGUCCAGCAGUCCUUGUCCUGAUGGAGCCCAUACUCUACCAAAGGGAUAUAACAUGUCUAUAGACAAGUAAUUAUAAGCUAUAACACACACACACACACACACACACACACACACACACACACACACACGGAUGUGUGAGUCUGGUGAGGCCCAACCACAGGCAAGCACCAGGUCAGUGGACAGCCGUGUUCUCAGCCCUGACUCACUCCAGACCCCCAGCCAAGAGGAAAGCACCAAGGCUGGCCCCAGAAUAUAUGAUGCCCAGCAUAAGUCGGACACUCACACACAUACCUCCUCCCUUAGUGUCCUCCCAGGGGUCAGCAUUCCAGGAGAGACUUCCAGUAAGCAUCACACCAGAAAAGCCUCUCAAGGGGGCAGCCAUACCCAGCCAGCAUCCACCACCUUCUCUGAGUCAGGGUCACUUCCUCAAAGUGCCCCAAAGCUCCAUGGGUAUGACCAGUCUGUCCUCAUGGUCAACAAUAACCAACCUUUCCCCCUCCAUUCCCCAGCUGAGGCUGCUGGCCCCGUCUCCCACCACCCCUGUCCAUAACUUGGCCACUGGCCCCCACCCCCACCCCCACCCCACCUUUCAGCAGUGAUGGCUCAGACCCCUCUGUUGCUAAAUCUGCGACCGGAAACAUAGCCAAAGAAAGGCUCUGCUCUAGAGCUGGCCUCUUCCUCCUCUCCCCAGCUGAGGCUGCCUCUUUCCAGGCUUCCUAGAGGCAAGUUGGCAAAGAGGAAGGAACGUUCCACGGGCUGUGUCUGUGGAGCCAGCUGUAUCUGGCCAAGAGCAGCACAUGGGCUUAGGCACAGCAGGAGUUUACCUGGCCUCUCCCUCCCACCCCCUUCCAGGACUAAGGUAGUUUGUAAAAUGUGGGGCAGGGAACAGUGGCUGGAGACUUGCCUUCCCUCCUGCCUUCUGGGCCCUUGGACUUCAGUUCUCUUUCCCCCUCAUUGGUCUAAGCCCCAGACAGCCCGUGGAAAUUUAAAUUAAAGUCCAUGAACAUCCAA